AAAAUCCAACAGCUCUCUUUUUUCUGAGGGAGGACUCAAAGGAUUAAAAGGCAGCAACUUCUGAGGUGAUUUGUCCCCUGAGUUAUGGAUGUUGGUGCACUUACUUCAGGCCAGAUCAGAGCUCAGAGGGAUCUAACCAGAAGCAGCAACCACCGGCUCUCCGCUUGCCUUUUACAAGGUUUUACCCUUCCAGUAUGUUUCAUUUGAUAAGACAUUUUCCAGCGCCCAGAGUUUCAGUACAAUGUGCAAAUGGAUACUGACAAAUGGUGCCUCAACCUUUUCCCACCUGCCUUGUUGCUCCUUGCUGCUGCUCUUCUUGGUGUCUUCUGUGCCUGUCACCUGCCAUGACCUCGGCCAGGACAUGCUGUCCCCGGAGGCCACCAACUCUUCUUCAUCAUUCUCCUUCCCCUCGUCCUUCUCUCCUUCCAGUGCGGGGAGACACGUGCGGAGCUACAAUCACCUCCAAGGAGACGUGCGCAAGAGGAAGCUCUACUCUUACAACAAGUACUUUCUCAAGAUUGAGAAGAACGGCAAGGUCAGCGGCACUAAGAAGGAGAACUGUCCCUUCAGCAUAUUGGAGAUAACAUCUGUAGAAAUCGGAGUUGUGGCAGUUAAGUCCAUUAAGAGCAACUAUUAUUUAGCCAUGAACAAGAAAGGAAAAGUCUACGGCUCUAAGGAGUUUAACAGUGAUUGCAAAUUGAAGGAAAGAAUAGAAGAAAAUGGAUAUAACACAUAUGCAUCCUUAAAUUGGAAGCACAACGGAAGGCAAAUGUUCGUGGCCCUGAAUGGAAGGGGAGCCACAAAGAGAGGACAGAAAACAAGAAGGAAAAACACUUCAGCUCACUUUCUCCCAAUGGUAGUAAUGCCAUAGAUGAAGAAAGUAUUUUAUCAAUGCAGUUGAACCAAAGGCUCUUAUGUCAAGAAUAUUUGGUAAUCCUCUUGAAGAGUUAAUGCAAGGACAUAGUGCAGACAUCUGCUUGUUUGUAAAGAGAGCAGGGGAAGCCUUUGAAAGUGUUGUACUCAUUGCUGGCACAUGAAAUACUUUUAUUUAUUUUGGUAUCAUAUCUUAUAAUCAAGAUACAAGCUGGAUCAAAUGGGAUGGAAGUUAUUGCCAGUGUGAACAAUUUUUUUUAAUCUCUGCGACAGAAUUAAGGGACUUGAGACAAUCUGAUGAAUUAUCUUCAUGGGGAAAGUUAUUUAUAGAAUACAAACUCAUAUCAAAGACCUUAAUUGCUCAUUCAAGCCUAAUGAUCCAAUGAACAGUUAGACAUGCUACCAUUUACUGGAAGCACUU